AUGCGGAGACGUCGGCCGGCAGGUCCGGUAGCGCUCGCCCUGGCCGUGCUCCUGCUCCUCGCGAUGACGUCACGGACCACACAGGCACGCACUGGAGCGCCCCCUAGGACCACGAGAGGUCGCCACAAUCAUCAGAUGACUGAGCAGCAGCGACACGGCGGCCAUCAGGGCCAGGACUCGAAGCCACCACUACUGCUUCGACCUCUGCCGUCGGACGACCUUCCGGUGAUCGAUCUGGUCGAGCCCGUCGGUCACUUGUACGACCCGGGGCCCGAUGACCUCGACCCGGUGAAACUGCAGAGGAUUCUGGCGGGACACUUCGACCCGAAGUUCAUGGCCGUGCAGAGGCCGAAGGAGAGCUACCUCCAUCCCAACGGAACACUCAAGCCAGGUUUCCGGCUACGGAAAGGUCGCCUGGUGCCCGCCAGGCCGAUGCCGGUAGAGCUGCAGAAAAUCCGGCUCAAGAACAUCGACCUUCCCGGAGGGCUUCGGGUGCGGCUGAACAUGGGCCGUAGGCUGAGGCGCAAGAUGCGACAGCUCCUCUGGACAUACACCUACUGUCCGCUCGUGUACCGCUGGAAGGACCUGGGCCUGCGGUUCUGGCCCCGCUGGAUACGGGAAGGCCGUUGCUACAAGAGCCGCCGCUCGUGCUCCUUCCCGCCCGGAAUGUCGUGUCGCGAGAAGAGCUCCACCGAGAAGACGGUGCUCCGCUGGCACUGCCGGGACUGGACGCAGAAACGCCAAUGCCGAUGGAUACCGGCCACCAUGUCCAUACUCGUCGAGUGCUCCUGCUCGUGUUGAAGUGCCGCGCUUUGAAUGUGCCACGUCCCAGUGCCCAGUGAACGUCUCGGUAUAGCAGCAGACGCUCUGUCAUGCAUACUGUUGCUACAAACUUUCUAUGUCUAGCAUGUUUACUGUGGGGGCCCUGUCGGGACGUGAGACUUUGAAAGAUGCGUGUGCGUGAGACAACUUGAAGAGUUCCCGCUUCUCAAGGUGGGUAAUAUCGU